UUAUAUUUUCAAAGAAUAUUGAAUAGGAUAUAUUAAUUCAAAUAUAUCCUACCCAGUAUUAGAAUUUUAGGCAGUGUUAACAAUGAGUUAAAACCUUGUAGGCAGUGUGGGAAAAUUUUGCUUUUUAGGGCAAAAAUUUGCUCCCUCGAUUGUAUCUUAAUAUAUUGCUGCUUCUCUCAUUUCAUCUUUGAAACUUUUUAAAGUCUUAGAUCUUCUAGACCAUCUUAAAGUGAUUCCCCAACCACAUUGUCUACAUGGAAUAGGGUUACAUUUCUUCAUUUAACAAAUACUUUUUGAGCAUCUUCUGCAUGAGUGACAUUUUGUUAGGGGCAGAAUUCCAAACUAGCUCAGCUACCUUCUGGGCGGCAAAAGUGCUCUUGGAAUCAGUGGCUCCCAGACUGCUGAAUUUCAUGGAUCAGUUUUUAAAGAAUAGCAAUGAAUGAAGAGUUGCCACCUUUUUAUUUUGCCAAAUCAAGACAUUAAAAAUGAACAACCAAGCAAAGUUUUCAUUAGGGACUUUCUCCCUCGAGGGUCGGGCAUUGUAACAAGACGACCUCUUGUGCUGCAGCUUGUUACUUCUAAAGCAGAAUAUGCUGAAUUUCUACAUUGCAAAGGAAAGAAAUUCACAGAUUUCGAUGAAGUUCGCCACGAGAUUGAAGCGGAAACAGAUCGAGUGACCGGAAUAAAUAAAGGCAUCUCUUCUAUACCCAUUAAUUUACGAGUCUAUUCCCCACAUGUGUUAAAUCUAACCCUUAUCGACCUACCUGGAAUAACUAAAGUGCCCGUGGGAGAUCAGCCACCAGAUAUUGAGUAUCAGAUCAGAGAAAUGAUUAUGCAGUUCAUCACGAGGGAGAAUUGUUUGAUUUUGGCUGUUACCCCAGCCAACACUGAUCUUGCAAACUCAGAUGCACUGAAGCUAGCUAAAGAAGUUGAUCCUCAAGGUCUGAGAACCAUUGGAGUCAUCACCAAACUGGAUCUUAUGGAUGAAGGAACAGAUGCCAGGGAUGUCCUAGAGAACAAGCUGCUGCCUCUUCGCAGGGGUUACGUGGGGGUGGUAAACAGAAGCCAGAAGGACAUAGAUGGGAAGAAGGACAUUAAGGCAGCCAUGUUGGCAGAGAGGAAAUUUUUUCUUUCGCACCCGGGUUACAGACACCUUGCUGACCGGAUGGGCACCCCACACCUGCAGAAGGUCCUUAAUCAGCAACUUACCAACCACAUUCGCGAUACCCUGCCAAACUUCAGGAACAAACUACAGGGACAGUUGCUCUCCAUAGAACAUGAAGUAGAAGCCUACAAAAACUUCAAGCCAGAGGACCCCACCAGGAAGACCAAAGCACUACUGCAGAUGGUUCAGCAAUUUGCUGUGGACUUCGAGAAGAGAAUUGAAGGGUCGGGGGAUCAAGUGGACACCCUGGAGCUCUCAGGUGGCGCUAAAAUCAAUCGUAUUUUCCAUGAACGCUUUCCUUUUGAGAUAGUAAAGAUGGAGUUCAAUGAGAAAGAAUUGCGAAGAGAAAUAAGCUAUGCAAUCAAAAACAUACAUGGUAUCAGGACGGGGUUGUUUACUCCAGACAUGGCAUUUGAAGCAAUUGUCAAGAAACAGAUUGUAAAGCUGAAAGGGCCUUCCUUGAAGAGUGUAGAUUUGGUAAUACAAGAGUUAAUCAACACCGUCAAGAAGUGUACCAAAAAACUGGCAAACUUCCCCAGACUCUGCGAGGAAACGGAAAGGAUCGUUGCUAACCACAUUCGUGAGCGAGAAGGGAAGACGAAGGACCAGGUACUGCUGUUGAUUGACAUUCAAGUCUCCUACAUCAACACCAACCACGAAGACUUCAUUGGCUUCGCAAAUGCUCAGCAGAGGAGCAGUCAGGUUCACAAGAAAACCACAAUUGGAAAUCAGGGAACCAAUCUUCCGCCUUCAAGGCAAAUUGUGAUUCGCAAGGGCUGGCUCACCAUCAGCAACAUUGGCAUCAUGAAAGGCGGCUCCAAGGGAUACUGGUUUGUCCUUACUGCGGAGAGUUUGUCUUGGUAUAAAGAUGAUGAGGAGAAAGAAAAGAAGUACAUGCUUCCCUUGGACAACUUGAAAGUUCGAGAUGUGGAAAAGAGCUUUAUGUCUAGCAAGCACAUUUUUGCACUCUUUAAUACAGAGCAAAGGAAUGUAUACAAAGACUAUCGCUUCCUUGAGCUGGCCUGUGAUUCACAGGAGGAUGUAGACAGCUGGAAGGCAUCUCUGCUAAGAGCUGGAGUCUAUCCUGAUAAAUCUUCAGGGAACAACAAAACCGAAAAUGAUGAGAAUGGCCAAGCAGAAAACUUUUCCAUGGACCCACAAUUGGAGAGACAAGUGGAGACCAUUCGCAACCUCGUAGACUCCUAUAUGUCUAUUAUCAACAAAUGCAUCCGAGAUCUAAUUCCAAAAACGAUAAUGCACCUUAUGAUCAAUAAUGUUAAAGACUUCAUAAAUUCAGAGCUUCUGGCACAGUUGUAUUCUUCAGAGGACCAAAAUACGCUGAUGGAGGAAUCCGCCGAGCAGGCGCAGCGCCGGGAUGAGAUGCUUCGAAUGUACCAGGCCCUUAAAGAAGCGCUUGUGAUCAUCGGCGACAUCAACACGGCCACCGUGUCCACCCCUGCCCCGCCCCCGGUGGACGACUCCUGGAUACAGCACUCUCGCAGGUCACCUCCGCCGAGCCCCACGACGCAGAGGCGGCCGACGCUGAGCGCGCCCCUGGCCAGGCCGGCGUCCGGCCGCGGCCCCGCGCCCGCCGUGCCCUCCCCGGGCCCGCACUCGGGGGCGCCGCCGGUGCCCUUCCGCCCCGGCCCGCUGCCCCCCUUCCCCAACAGCAGCGACGCCUUCGGAGCGCCCCCGCAGGUGCCGUCGCGGCCCACGCGGGCCCCGCCCAGCGUCCCCAGCCGGAGACCACCCCCAUCACCAACUCGUCCCACUAUAAUCCGUCCACUAGAAUCCUCCCUGUUAGACUAAACGAAGUGUCUGCCAUGGCAAUUAAUCACUAAUGAAUUAUGCAAAAGCAGCAUAUUUGAUACCUGUUGCAGUAAAUCAUGAGUAGUCGCAUGUGUGGACAUCAGUAGGCAAGUAACCAGUUUUACUAAUGCAUUCCUCACUCAUAUUCAUUGCUCAUGGUAUGUCAAACCCUUGGGGUUUGACUCUUAAAAACUGCUGACCCUAGAGGUGUUAUACGUUGUAUUGACCAAGGUAGGUUUGUAUAGCAGCCCUAUACUUUGGGGACCAUUUGCCUACCCUGGCAUAUAUUUGAAAUUGCUUUGGACAAAUUUUCCAGGCUAUCUACCAGGUAGCUCAUUAAAUAUAAUCCUUAACAGAUAUGAGAUGGUUGGCUUACACCUAAGCCAUACAUAUUUCUUUUCCCACAUUCUGUUUAGGAUGACGGUAAUUCUGUUGUCUAUUAUUAGUACUACGACCUACUCCAUAGUUACAUAUUUAGCUCCUCUUUCCUUACUCUUUCUUUCAUAAGACAGCUAGGAAGUAACGUUUUAAAAUUAGGAUUCCUUAAGAAUAAAACUUUUCCAGAAGCAUAAGGUAGUUUGCAAAGGAAAAGUCUGCAUUAUUUGCUCUAGAGAGCUUCUCCUUGUGCCAAUGUGUUUUGCUUCAUGCUAGAAGCAUAUGCAGCAAUGAAUCAAAGCUUGUUUUUUGUUAAUCAGUCAUUGGCUAGUUAGUUUCAGAGUUCAAGGAAGAAGCAAAAUAUCAUAUUGCUAGAAGUGUCUGAAAAAAUAUAAUUUCUUUAUUCAUUUAUAUAUUCACCUCCUGGUCAAUUACAUUGAAGGUUGACAUAGAAAAUAUUUAAUUUUUCCAAUCGAUCUAAUUUUUGGCAUGGCUAACUAAAUUUUGAUACUAACUCUAGUUUUAUUAUUAUUUUGGCUGGAGACAAAAAAAAAUUAUUUCUAUGCUAAUUUGUAAUUCCCUUAUGUAAGCAUGUAUCCUACCUUUUAAACAGGUUUAGUGUAACUUUCUAUCCAUUCUAGGCUUUCUUAAUAAAUCUUGAGACUUACUAUGGGAUAAUCACAUUUAGAGAAUGGUACCUGAAAUGAAAAGUCAGUAGAAGAUGCCAUAGUUUAAGAGAAGAGCUCACACUUGUACAAUUGUACUACUUCAGAGUCCCUAUCCAGGUCACUUAACUCCAGAAAAUGGUAUUAAAAUAUUGUGAUCUAAAGCAAAUUUGCAAUAUCUAAGAUUUCUAAAAUUUACAGUAUAGGAUUAACCUAGAGAUUCGUAGUUCAGUCUUGAGGCUAAGUUUUGGACUACCUAGGACCAGAUGAUUAGCAUGUAGGAACAGCCAGAAGCCAGUUGGAAUUUUGUCUGCUAACUGUUCCCAGACAGCAGAGCAAGUAUUCACUGAAUAGUGGUGUCCCAUGACACUAUUUCAUAUUCUACAGAAGUAAAUCAGGUUUCAGCAACUGAAAUGUCUCCCUUUGAAAGCAGCAAACAUGAUUUGUAUGUUAACUUAACUUUAAUUUCCUGUGUAGUUUAUACCCAAAGCAGACACCCAUAAAAUAUAAAGUAAAAAGUUUUAACCAUUAUUAAAAGGGAACUUGCCAUGUUGGAUGGCAGUGUAUUGAACUUAUUCUAAAGAGUUACAGCUAGCCUACUCAUAAUUGGAAAAAAAUCAGAGAAUAUAAGAUUGACAAAAAGGGCAUUUCAGUUUUUAAAGUUACAAAUGAUUUUAUAAAGAACAUCACCAUCACAUCUUAUUUUUUUCAAUUGGAAAAAAAUAAUUCUCUGUGAAUGGAACCAAUGUGCAAGAUGCAUACUGCAUUUUUUAGAAUAAUGUCUCAGCUAAAUGGAAAAAUGUUAAGCAAAAAUCCAUAGUAAAACAAAUAAUCUGCAGUGAGAUCUUUUCAUAAAAUUUUCUCUUUUUAGGAUUCCCUUUGCUUCUUCCUUUGAAUUCUCUAAAACAGGCAGCUAGCAGAUUAUAUAUUUCAGGGUUUGGCUUCAUGCUAAAUGUGGUUUUGAGUUUUGCUGUAUUUCAAAAAUUUCCUUCUGUUAAAGGAAAAUAUUGUGGAUAACCACUGGUGUGUUCUUAGAUCAGCACAAACCAUGUCAAAAAAAAUUGGAGAUUUUUCCCAAGUUUCUUUCCACUGAUCUUAGGCAGUAAUAAACAAUGGCAUUUGUCAUCUUUGGCUUUUGCUUUUAGAUUAUAUUCCCACAGUUGCAUUGUCCCAAUUGUCUCCCUUUGUGGGUACAUUUUUGUUCUUUUUUACUCCUAAGUUAUUUCUAAUAGAACCCAGCCUACCCUGGAAUUUCUUCAGCAGUCACAUUGGAGAGUAUUUUCAGUUUGCUGCACUAUUAUGUCAUAUUAUUAGUAUGAAUCCCAUUUCCCAAAGGGCUUAUAUCCUGCUAAAAGGAGAUGCCAAGGUGAAUUAAGUCUGAAGCUCUAGGAUGUGCAUAGUUUGAGGUGCAGCAUGCACACCAGGCCUUAAGAUGGGAAUGUAGCUUAAUGAGCUUUCUGUUUCCCAUACCAUUUCUAAUCUUUUGUGUAACUUCCUCUUAACUGAUUGCUCUGAUGUUGUCAACACAAUAGAUGUAGCUCUAUCAUGUCUAGCAUAAUAAAAGUUCGUGUUUUUAGGAUUUGGGAAAAUAAACUGUAUGUGUUUAUUUGAUAGGUAAAUCUAGUUUUAUUGUCACAUGCUAAACCUUGCAUGCAUAUUGACUAAUUGGAAUAACCAUUUACUCAAUUAUGGAUUAUUAAAAUAGGAUUGAUUUAGAACAGAUACAUUGCAUUUCUAAAAAUCGUCUACCAAGGUUACUUACUCUUCUGAAUAUUGCUUUUAGCUGUGUUUUAUAACACAGAAGAGCAAUAGAGUCUGCUUAUUAGCAAAUUUCCUACUUGUUCAGAUACAGACUCAUUCUAUUCCAAAAUAUUAUAAUGAAACCAGUUCCUGUGAUAUAACUAUAAGCCUUCUGGACUUAGAAUUAAAAAGUAGUCACAUAGAUUAAUUUGUGACUUUUCAGUAUAUACUGUAGCCAUAAUUCUCAAAUAUGAAAUGGGACCUAAUUACCAGUAUGUGAUAAAUGUUAAUGUUUUCUGUGUACAAACACAUUUUCUAUGCAUGUGUCUCUGUGUUAUACAGUAUACACAUAGUCAGUUUAUUUCUGUAAGUACAUGUAUUUUGUGUCCCUUUGAGUAGGUAGGUUUAAAAGCACUCAUUAAAAUGCCAUAAGCAUGAGUGUGACUGUAUGUGCAUUAUAUAUAUAUAUAUAUGCAUAUGUAUGGGUGUAAAUAUCUGUGUAUACAUGUGCUUAGUAUGUGUGGAUAUGAAUAUAUAUUUUAAACUGUGCUAAUAUAAGAGACAGCUUUGGCUGAUCUGCCAUAACAUGUGAUAACAGUGAUUUGUUUCUCAAAACAUACAUGAAGUAUACAAAAUUUUCCAACUCCAGACUGUAGUCAUUCUAAGAGGCACAAGGCUCAUGACAAACAUGGUAAUAUUCACAGACAUUUGUUUCUUAAUCCACAGCAUUGCUAUCUAAGAAAGAAUUGCCUUUGAUAAUAUCAUUUGGUAAGAAGUGAAAGAUCUGGAGAACUAUCUUUAAGAUGCCUAAUUAGAAUUAUAAGUUAUUUUUGGAUUGCUGAACUGAAUCUUAAAAAGCUAAGUUGAUCUACAUAAUCCUUUUCUCUCUCUAUGGUAAAUGUAAUAAAACAAAUAGAAGUAUACAGCAACAUAAUAAAAGUAGUGGAUAUUUCUGAGUAUAUUUGCUAAAAAUGUAGGGGAGACAUCUAAUACUUAAUACCUUGGAGAUAGGUCAUCUACUUUUUCAGGAAAGCACUUUCCAUUUGGCAAACAUAAUUAUUUAAAAUUGACAGGAAUCUCCUUAGCAUUAAGAACAAAGCCUAAAUAGUAGGUGUCUGAACUGUUUAACUCAGAGAAGGAAGAUAAUGUAUGAGACUCAAGCCAUGAGUUUUGUAUCAUUUCACCUAGAGAACUGCUAGCUCUGAGCUCAGAGUUUAAUGUGAAUGAAGGUAGAUUUUAGAGAAACAAUUAUUAGUUCACCAAAUCAUUCAGUUGUUUCUAAAAAGCUCAGAUCUGUCUUCUAGAUAAUCUUAGUCAUCCUAUUUGGUAUGUUUAAAAUUAUGUGGUGCUCUAUAUGUGAAACCUUAAGAAUUUUUUUGACGUAUAUGUAGUAUAAGCAUUGCUAUUUGUGUGUGUGUGUGUGUGUGUGUGUGUGUGUGUGUACGUAAGAAUGUGUAUGUGUGAGAGCAAGAGAGAGGAAACUCAAGAAAGAGUCUCCUGUUUGUCUUAAGACCUGUUCAUACUGGUAUAUUGGUGAGACUUCUCACCUCUCUGGUCAAGGGUUUCACACGUGGCUCAGCUUAAUUUCUUUUUUAACUGUUACCCUUGAAUUUCUUAUAUUUUGCUUGUUAUGUAAUGUUUUAAAAUUAUGAAAAAAAUUACUCUGUCCAACCUUUUGCAUUAUCUAUUAUCUUCUGCCAAUUUGUUAAAAAUUAUUUCUCUCAAUAAGAAAUUCCACCACUAUUACUUGAUUUGUGUUUUAUUUCAUAUGUACAGCCUUGGUUUUACUUGCUUGUCUGUUUCUCUUCUCUCCUUUUUUUAAAGUCAAAUUCCUCUUUUGCUUUUUUAUGAAGAAGGAAUAUACUAAAGCAAAAUCUCAUCUUUUCUGUUGAUUCUUUAAUUCAUACGAGCCAGAAUACUUUCCACUGUCUUCUUGGCACUUUCAGGAUUUCUUAAUGCUGAUAUAUGGACUCUGUGAAUGGAAAUUUUGAAGCAAGUUCCUAAAGCCUGUAUCAUUCUUGAAGGUCACAUGUACCUAUUGUGAAAAUGUGAAGCUGUAUUUCUGAAUCUGAAAUAAAUUAUAACAUUUGAAGGA